GUGCUGUCAAUCGUCGGGAGUGUCACAUCCGGAGUGUGAGGGCGGAGGGGUCGCUGUGCCGCUGUGUGUGGGACGGGUCGGAGGUCCCUGUGACCGGGAGCCCUCUCAGGCGAUUCACCGCUCACUUUAUAUAAGUCAGUCGGGGCUCAAUGACCUCCGUGGCUUCAGCGACCAGAAAAACAAUAGAAUAACCCUUUAAGCGAGAUGCAUCCAGACCUGUCUCCACACCUGCACACAGAGGAGUGCAACAUCAUGAUCAGGCGCCUCAAACAAUGCCACAGUGAACACAACUUCCUGAAGUUUUUCGGGACAUGCAACGACUUUGAUCGAGAAAUGAGGCGAUGUCUCAGAAAGGAGUACCAAGCCAACAGAGAAAAAAGCAAAGCACACGCAGAGCGGAUGAGAAAGAGACUGAUUGAGGCAUCGAAAUGAGAGAAGCAGACGGCCAUUAACAUCUCCUGCCCCUUUCAGUGGUCACCAGCAACGCCCCCCGCACACACCGGCUGGGCUCAUCCUGCAAACGGUGCAGUCUCCAGGUCCGGAGGUUUCAGGAGUUUCCUCAUAAACUGACAUCCUGGCACGUUAAAACCUGGAUUUGCUUCAUCGUGUUACAGAGUGACGCUGUUCUCUUUGAAAGCAUUAAAGACUAUUUAAACCUAA